AUGAAUUGGACUGGUGGGCGCCUGUCCAGGCAUCACAAUGCAAAAGGCUCCUUGAGCGCUCGGCAGAAGCAGCACUUUGCCAAAGUACAGGCCAGUAUCCGCAGUGCAAAGAAGCCAAGUCCGCUUAAAGUGCCUAUCUUUGACAACGUCAUAGAGGACUAUCAUCAGUCUUCCAGCAGCCAUCGUUCAGAUCAUCAUGAAGAGAGCCAGACUGCCAGACCACGUCGAAAUACCCCCUACAAUAGCGAUGGCCCCUUCAAUGGCGGUCUACAGUGUCUCUCACAGUCGAAUAAGUCUCAAAACAAGGCCCAGAAUGGUCGUUUGCUGCAGAAAGAGAGAGAGCCGAAUCCGGCCUCAGAUGACGACCUUUAUGGAGCGACCCCACAACCCUGGGAGACAAAGCGGAAACUCAACUCAUCGGUCGGUCAACUAGAGAAACAAAGUGUGGGAGACCCAGAGGAGGAGUCGGAUUUUGACAAGAGACGGAAAAUACUUCGGAGGGGAGACUGGGUUGGCAUCAGCAUCCAACGACCUCUACAGCUAACCUUUACUUCUCCGAAACAUGGCGAGCAGGUUGGCAGAAGGCGGAAGAUAGCCGAUGGCCACAGAGCGCGAUACAAUUCCAAGAUACAAUCCCUGAUACAAUCACCAUUCUCAGCACGAAUCCGGAGGCAUUCGCCUCACAGCUCCAAUGGACAAGACAAGGGGAGGACGUAUCAAGGAACGGCAGAUGUUAGGAUAUCUAUUGGCGGCAGAUUGGUUCCACCAGGCGUCAGUUCGGGUUCGGCUCCAAGUAGAGGGCGCCAACACUCUUCACGGAGCUACCUUUUCGAACAAUCACAGGGAUCCUCGUCGGAUGUAAUGCUGCUUGAUAACGAAGGACUUGGGGAGAGAAAGUUGGCAGGAGCUGGCGACGACGGAAUCUCUCCGGAAGAGCAGACGUUCGAAAUUUAUGAUGGCCGUUCUAGAAUACAGCAUGAAGAGCCGGAUCCGCCUGGGGGUUAUUUUUCCGGAAACUUUGAGGAUGUUGCCAAAUCAACCAGGGACAAGGUGUUUCACACAAAUCGUUUUAAAAAUAGGUUUGAGACAAUUAAAGACCCCGAAAACAGGCCUCACGACAUAAAUGGCCCUUUCUUCACGGAGUAUGACCAUGGACAAAGCUUCAAGCACCCCGAAACCAGGAGAGUCAACAAAGGGCAACCUAUUAUCGCUUCCUCUACGGCAUCUUUACACCAUCCCAAACCCCGAAGUUCAAGGACCUCUCGCCUGCUCCGCUCUGAUUCAUCUGAAAUAGCUGCCAGCAGUGUCGCUACAGUUGGGAAAAUAAAGCCCAUAGUCCCCAGCUCCCAAAUCUAUGACCACGAAAUCUGGGAGUCUUGGGUGGGACCACUGCUGGGCCAGAAAGCACAACGAGGGUCCGAUGAACUCCAGGAUCAAAUUGAUGACACCCAGAGAAUAUCGAUCAGUCCUGGAGUCAGUUAUGCUGCUGUUAUCCGCUACCCCAAGGACAGCACACCGUCGGACCAUACCACUGGUCACUUCAGCCUAGAGGAAAGUCGACCAUCCAAGGAUGACAGCUCCGAAUGUUCACUGAACCCAUCGUCUCAAGACCUGUCAAUCAGUAAUAUAGGCUUGAAUGACCAGGAAGUAUUUAGUCUCGGGGUAGAGUAUGAAGAUAAUCUCCCAGCGAAAUACUCCGAAACCCAGGUUGGUGACUUUCAGGGUGGUUUCGUGUUUAAAGACGUUGAUGCUGAGACUGAUCAACCGCCCAAAACAUCGAAAGAACCGGACCCGGAUGAAAUAUGGAAAAAGUUUGUUUUUGGCAGUGGCGAUGAUGAAUUUAAAGCUGAGCAGAGCCACGACUGGAAACGUAACUCAUCUUCCAACGUUGAAAGACGAUCGUCCCCUACUUCUUCGCUGCUGCUGGUGAGCUUAGAACCACGAUCGUUUGGCUCGCCUACUGCCUACAAUCCAACCGAUGAAUAUCCAUCAUCUCAUUCAGUAGCUAGUGGUAGCUCGAGUAACGUCGAGUUCACAUAUUCGAGGCCUCCUACCGAAUUCAGACCCAGCCGUCACUCCACACAGGACGAACACACCAGCAUGCAUUGUUCUAGAGACUCCUUACCUUCUUCGAUUUCAGAUCUAGCUGAAGCUUCGAUGGUAAUUGCUACAAAUUCGCAAGCAGGGUUUUCGAAAACUAGAGCUAGCACACCUUUGUCCCGGUCGCCAGAAAGGAUCAUGUUCACUAAACCGAAACCGUUCGUGGGAUUGAAGGCCAACAAGGGCGGAGAUAUGGAUGAAAGGAAAUUAUCUUAUCUUGGACUGGGCUUAUUACUGAAUGGCGAAAGGGAUAGCAGCUGGAGACGGAAGCGGGUGCGAGACAUGUAUGAUUCGGAUCAACUGGAGCCUAUCGAAGAUGACUGA